GAAGGUACGCCACCACCCGUUGCCACCAUUGUCGCGCCAUCUUCCGCACCGAGUCAAGUUGAUCUCCCCCCAUGCUAACAUUUCUCCCAGUUCCGUAGAUCUAUGAAGAAUGAGAAGGAUAACCGGCCGCAUCACAUCUCCAUCCCCCCAAAGGACGCAAUAGCCAUCGUGCCUCCCAAGAAGGUCAUUAAGGCACUCUACGAUUACCAACACUCCGACGCCGACCCGUCCUCAGGCUACCUUAGUUUCUCGCAGGGUGAUUUCCUCCACGUCGUCGGGCGAGAAAACGACACCGACUGGUACGAGGCGUGUAAUCCAUUGCACGGCACGAGGGGUCUUGUGCCUGUGACAUACUUCGAGCCGGUGGGAAAGACAGUCCGAGACAGCGGUGACUCCACGAAAUCCGUCACUCCAAGCCAACCGAGCGCAACGGCCACGCACGACUCGGGCUACGCAGAGCAAUCAAUAACUAGCCCGAACAACGCAAACGACAACAAGUUUCCCAUGCGGAUAUCAAAGGUUCUGGGCAAGGGCGCAGGCUCAGGCGCCAUGGUGUACGGGAUUGUCAUGUAUGACUUCAAGGCAGAACGCCCGGACGAGCUCGAGGCAAAGGAAGGAGAGGCCAUAAUAGUGAUCGCACAAUCCAACCCCGAAUGGUUCGUCGCAAAGCCCAUCACUCGACUUGGUGGCCCCGGUCUGAUACCCGUAUCCUUCAUUGAGAUAAGAGAUAUGACCACGGGAGCAGCUGUGCCCGACGCACACGACGCUGUGCGAAGGGCAGGCGUGCCCAAGGUCGAGGAGUGGAAGAAAAUGGCGGCCGACUACAAGAAUGGCAGUAUACCACUGGGCAAGCUCGAGACCAACUCGCAGCAGACGUUACAGCAGGGCAUGGAGCGUAUGAGCCUAAGCUCCAAGAGUGGUGCGGGCGGUUAUCCCAAUGGUGGAUUUGCGCAAGGGAAUGCGCCUGUCUCUCAUUCGCGAAACACAUCCCAAUACCAGAGCCCACAGUUCCGGGCCUCAGACUCGAAUCUGCUGGCACCAAUCAAAGCGCAAGUACCCCGCUACUGCUUCGCAGACGAUAUCUUUUGGUUUAUUAUCGAAUGUCAAAUGGAGGAUGGUCGCCAUUGGGAGCUGCAGCGUUUGUACCAGGAUUUUUACGAUCUGCAGAUUCAGUUGAUCGCGACAUACCCCGUGGAGGCUGGCACAAGCGGCGCAGGCGAGCGGACGCUGCCAUUCAUGCCUGGACCGGUCACCUACGUUACGGACAAUAUCUCCAACGGACGACGGGCCAACCUAGACGAGUACAUAAAAAAUUUGUUGAAGCUUGGCUCGCACAUCACCCACGGCAGCCUUGUCAAGAGCUUUUUCUCGCCGAGGCAGGGCGACUACGAGAUCGACCCAGAAGUCAUCGCAGCGGAAGAGUACCGCAUGUCGCAAACUUCUGGACAGUCUUCCAAUCCAUCACAGGGCGCCUCGAGACAAUCCUCUGCCGACCAGCUCCAACAGGCCACCACUCCCCAAACUCCGUACUCGACAGGAUCGAACUUCCCAGGGCACCAGCGCGGACAGUCGCAAUCGUACGGUGGACUCAGCGCGCCAGCGCACCAGCACUCGGCCAUCUCUUCCACAUCGACUAGCACGGGUCUUGGAUCUGCGCUUAAGAUCAAGGUGUGGUUUGAAGAUGACAACUGCGUGGUGAUUCGGAUGCCGAUUAGCCUGAAGUUCCAGGACCUGUACAACAAGCUGGUGGAGCGCCGAGCGCUGGAGAAGCCCGACGACAGGAACGAGGAACUCAUGGUCGAGUACCGAGACGAAAUUGAGGGGAAGUACUAUCCCAUCGAGAACGACGAAGACCUCGCGAUUGCCGUCGAGAGGAACCCCAAAUUGACUCUCACGGUGACGACGGCACGAUGAGGGCAUUUUGUCUGGUGACGCACUUUGUCACACCGACCCAUCCUUUUUCUGCACUUCUUUUGCGGUAAUCAUGGCGGUGCGAUCAUUCUGGCACAUUCAUGACUGAUGAGGAUUGAUUCGUGCGAACAAAUUUUCAAGUUCAUCUUCUUCUCUUUUAUUUUCAAUCUUACUGGGUUCAAACAUUGUUGGCGAGUG